GAACGGGUCAGCGUAAGGUUGCACCGGGGUUUUAUGCACGUUACUAGAAGAACUUCUUUCUUAGUUGCUGUGAGGAGACCAUAGAAGAGGAGACAAGUCAAGUGCGCAGUGCCGUGUUUGCAAAGAUUUGCGCAGAGGAUCUCGAUCAGACAACUCUGAAAUUUGUCAUCAUCACUAUGUCUGCCGGGAACGCCAAGAUCGGACAGCCUGCCCCCCAGUUCAAAGCCACUGCUGUAGUGGAUGGGCAGUUUAAAGACAUCCAGCUGUCUGACUACAAAGGAAAGUAUGUGGUGCUGUUCUUCUACCCACUGGACUUCACCUUUGUGUGUCCCACUGAGAUCGUGGCCUUCAGCGACCGGGCGGAGGACUUCCGCAAGAUCGGCUGUGAGGUCAUCGGCGCGUCCGUUGACUCGCACUUCAGCCACCUGGCUUGGAUCAACACUCCCAGGAAGCAGGGGGGUCUGGGGCCCAUGAAAAUCCCUCUUGUUGCUGACCUGACCAAGUCCAUCUCCCAGGACUACGGGGUUCUGAAGGAGGAUGAUGGCAUUGCCUACAGGGGUCUGUUUGUGAUUGAUAAUAAGGGCCUGCUCAGGCAGAUCACCAUCAAUGACUUGCCUGUGGGACGCUGUGUGGAUGAGACCCUCAGGCUGGUGCAGGCCUUCCAGCACACCGACAAGUAUGGAGAAGUGUGUCCAGCUGGCUGGAAGCCUGGCAGUGACACCAUUAUUCCUGACGUGCAGAAGAGCAAGGAGUUCUUCUCCAAGCAGAACUGAUCCCAUCCAGCCUCAGCCAGUCUGUUUGUCUCCAUUCUCUUCUGAGCUUUGUGGUUUAGGCACUUACUGCAGUUUAUUGUCAUUUGCUCUUUAAUUACCGUCAAGUUCUUAAUGCCACCAAAUUCAAAUGUCAUUUCUAAGCACUUCAUUCAAACUCACUAUAGUCUGGCAUCAGUAUCAUGUAUAAAUAAGCUGUAUUUGAGUUCUUAAAAGUCCCAAGCACUGAAAGUAUUUCUGUUUUUAUUUAAAUGUUAAGAAUGUUGAAUAUUUUGUACCUGACAAUUGUUCAGUAAUUGGUCGAUCAAAUGAAGGCAGUGAAAGUAAUGCAAAUGUCUAAUGAAUAAAUCUGAAAGGAUUGCAA